AUGGAAAACCUGGGUGAUUUUGGUCGUGUGCGGUCGGACAGCACUAGCAGCUCAGGCUCCAGGUCAAAGAUGUUGCUGCGUCAGAGAGUGUCCCAGCUGCUCACCUGUAUAGAGGACAUGAGCUCAGACGAUGAGGCCAGUGAAGAGAUGUCCCGCUCACUGGACGAGGUCUUUCAGCUGUGCGGCCGCUUCAUGCCCACUGACGCUUUCAGAUUGUACAUGGUAACGUGGAAUGUGGGCACAGCUGAGCCUCCUGAAGAUGUCAGUGCUCUGCUGCAACUGGACAACCAACCCCAGAAUGACAUAUAUGUUAUUGGUCUGCAGGAAGUGAAUGCCACUCCGAUCAGGUUCAUCUCUGACCUGAUCGCUGAGGACUCGUGGAGCCAUGUUUUUAUGGACACACUGGGACCACGUGGGUUUGUCAAGGUAACAUCAGUGCGGAUGCAGGGCCUGUUGCUUUUGGUCUUUGCCAAACAUGUCCAUCUCCCGUUCAUCCGAAAUAUCCAGAGCACUUACACCAGGACUGGGAUCUUUGGAUACUGGGGCAAUAAAGGUGGUGUAUCUGUGCGGUUCUCUCUUUAUGGUCACAUGGUGUGCUUCCUUAACUGUCACCUGGCAGCUCACAUGAAUUACGCCCUGCAGAGGGUCGACGAGAUUGAGUACAUCCUGGACACUCAAGACUUUGACAUCACUGACACACCGCAUGUACUGGAUCACAAAGUGGUGUUUUGGUUUGGGGAUCUAAACUUUCGUAUUGCUGACCAUGGGCUGCACUUCCUCCGUUCCUCCAUUGAAGGCGGGCGCUUGAAUCUGCUCUGGAGCAAAGACCAGCUCACAAUGAUGAAAAAGAAAGAGCCAUUUCUACAAGAGUUUGAAGAAGGACCUCUAAAUUUCCAACCCACUUACAAGUUCAAGCGCAACUCUGACACUUAUGAUACCAGUGGUAAGAAAAGGAAGCCUGCCUGGACUGACCGGGUAUUGUGGCGCAUCAAACCCAGAAGCCCUCCACCAGAGGAAGAUGAUGAAAGAGCAAGCACGUCUACUGACGAAGGACCAGACGAGUACCCCAUCCUGGUCACUCAGGACAGAUACACCUGUGAUAUGAGUUACGGAGUCAGUGACCACAAACCAGUCAUUGCUACUUUCAAUGUGGAGCUCAGAAAGCACUUUGACACUCCACUAGUGCAUGUCUCUGCGGAGGGCGUGUGGAGCGCAGACCAGGACGCAGUACUGAGUUACACAGUCCAGGAUGAGUUCAUGUCCUCCACGUGGGACUGGAUUGGACUUUUCAAGGUUGGGUUUAAAAGUGCCAUGGAUUAUGAGACUUUUGUUUGGGUUCGUGAGAAUGAGUUGCCUGAAGUUGAUGAACUCAUUCAGCUCCCUGUGGACAAAGAUACAAUUCCUCUUCUUGGCGGGCGGUAUGUGUUAGGCUACUACAGUACAAACAUGCAAACCAUUGUUGGCCUCAGUGAGACCUUCCAGAUUUUGGAAUCAAAGCGAGCAGUCAUGGAAGGCCUUGUUCCUGAAAAUGCCAAUGGCCUUAAAUAAACAGAAACAUGUGCCAAUGGUUCUUCAAUUCAAAAUGUUGCAGUAAUUAUUCUACAGUAACAGAUGAUCAAAUCCAUCCACUGGUUUGGAUGACCCAGCCAUAAGUCUGUUAAACACCUUUUUGUGCCGUUAAAAGUUUUCCUUUACUAUAUGCCAUAUCUAUCUGUUCUAAUUGUUAAGUUUAACAGGAUUACAGGAUGUGACAUCCAAAGAAUACACAGUUCACAAAUGCUCUC